AUGGCUUAUUAUGGGUACCAAUACAAGCAGCAGUGUUAUAUUCCGGGUGGAGUGAAGUGUGCCACACCGGUCUUCACGCAGUGCCACAAUCCCCGUGCAGUGGAGUGCGUGUCAUACACACCAUACCCUUCCAAAGGCACCAAGAUGUGCGCUGUGAGAAGGACCGUGCCGAGCAGCCCCAAGUGCUCUGCACCAUGCUCAUCACAGUGCGUUGAGACACACAUCAUGGAAGGCCACUCUUCCUCCUGUAGCCCCAGGUGUCCUGAUCCGUGCACCAUGGUGUUCCCUCAGCCCCAAGUGCAGGGCAGGGAACAUCUCUGCGUGCCACACUGUGGACAGCCAGGUGUUACGAGAUGCCCUCAGCUAUGUGCUCCAGCCCACGCCUGCCAACACAGCUCAUAUCCUUAUUCAUACCAGUGGUCUAAUACCUACCACUACAACUGUGGGCAACAAUAA